AAGACAGAACUGAAAUGGCGAAGCAACACCUUGUCAAUUAGCCCUUUCUUUCCACCCCAACAACGAGAAAGGCCCGAAGUAAACCAUGCAAUUCGGACUACGCUCCCUACGAGGGAUGCGUGUCUCCGGCUCUGGACGACACCCAAGCUGUUGUUCGCCAUUAUUGUGGGGGUUGACGACUGCAGACUAGCUGAUAUCUUGAAUAUUCAUGAGUUGCAUCUUGUAUUUAUUCAUUAUAAUCAUAUUACUUAAGGAUGUUGGCUUAAUCUUUUUUUUUGUGUCUUUUCUUGUCGGUAUCUUCUUGGACUCUUUAGUUGCUUCGAUAUUCCUGUUAUCUAAGGUAUGGCGUCCAAGACCACUGGGGAGACGUCCUCGACCGACGUUCUGGUCGACACACCGAAAUUGCCAGAUCGUUUUGCCGAUGAAAGUUACAAGUUAUUCUCCCAGGUCAAGGUUGAGCCACCCACGGAGGAGGAAGCGAAACGGAUUCGCAAAAAGUGCGUCCGAUGGAUUUUGUCAUUCCUGUGCAUUGGGUAUCACCUAAUGUAUAUAGACAAGCAGGCGCUCGCAAGUUCAUCUAUCCUCGGUAUUCUCGAGGACGGCCAUUUGAAUGCAACCCAAUAUAACUGGUUGGCCUCUGUCUUCUACCUUGGUUAUCUAUUAGCAGAAUGGCCUCAAAACUGGGCAUUACAACGAUUUCCAGUUGCCAAAUGGCUAGCCGGAAACCUCAUUGUUUGGGGUUGCAUCUUGCUACUACAUAUUCCGUGUAAUAACUUCGCAUCCUUCUUCGUCGUUCGCUUCUUCCUUGGACUAGCAGAGGCAUGUAUUGUGCCUGCGUUCUUGUUGAUACUGUCCAUGUUCUUCACCUACGAUGAACAAGCAGUGCUGAUGCCAAUCAUGUGGGCUGCGGGUAAUUCGAGUCCCAUCACUUCAGGCUUGCUGUCUUACGGGGUAUUAUGGAUAGACACGGGCAGCUUCGCUCCCUGGAGAUGGUUUAUGGUCAUUACCGGAAUUUUGACUAUUAUCUAUGGGGUUUUUGUCUGGUUUCUCUUCCCCGACAAUCCCAUGUCCGCGCACUUCUUGACUCUAGAGGAACGAGCACAAGCUAUUCUACGCAUCGCUUCAAACCAUUCAGGAAUCGAGCAAAAGCACUUCAAACGCCAUCAGUUGAUCGAAGCGCUCAAAGAUCCCAAGACCUGGCUCUUCUUUCUCCAUUCUUGGUCACAAGAAAUGGCCAACGGCUUGACCAGUCAAUACUCACUCAUCAUUCAGUCAUUCGGCUUUACCACCUUGCAAACCACUUUACUAGGUUGCGUCACUGGUCUAACAUCAUUGAUCUCCCUAAUCACCGCAGCAAUCGUACUGGCUAAGACGCGCAACAGUCGGGCGUGGGUUUCAGUUGCUGCAUACAUACCCCCUAUUAUUUCCUGCAUACUGCUCAUCACCCUUCCCUGGAGCAAUCGUUGGGGACUUAUUUCCGCCAUCUGGAUCCGAUCUACAGGUGGCAUUCCUUACAGCGUAGUCAUGAUCUGGGCAGCCAACUGUUCUGCUGGGCACACGAAGAAGACUGCUGUCAUUGCCCUAUAUCACGUAGGGUAUGGUCUAGGUAACAUCCUUUCACCCCAACUAUUCCAAGCACAGUAUAAGCCAAGGUAUAUUGUUACCUGGUGGGUUAUUCUCUGGGUUGCGUGUGUGCUUCCCACCUUCAUUGUCCUCUAUCUGCGGUGGUAUCUGGUGAAGGAAAAUGAACGUCGAGACUUGCUACUUCAGCAAGGGGUUGUUAGGGAAAUUGGAGUUAUCGAACACAUAGACGAGAAUGGCGAACGACGAGAAGAGGUGGUCGAUGCGAGACAACUAGAUUUAACUGAUCGUGAAAAUCUUGCAUUCCGAUAUGUUCUUUAAAUCUUACGAUUAUAUAGCGAGAUUGGUCCAGGAUAAAUACUACUUAAGAAGUUACCUUGACUACACAAUCUCCAAUGGGGGCAAUUAGCCCUCGUCACAAUCAUAUUGUAGGAAAUGCAGCUGAUAGUAAAGAAGUUCAUAAGCU